AUCAUAUUCGACGUCUGUCUAUAUCAGAAAUCUCAAAUCCAUUCUGCUCUUGAUUUUGCCCAAAUAUCCCUUCUUGUCUCCGCGAUGAAUUCGCAGAUGCCCGUGGCCGCUGUUGCUUCGUGUCCCUCUCUUCUUUCUUCUUCCGGAGCGCCCUCGUUCUUUUCUUGGUUCGGGGGCGCGGCCACUGGUUCUAGGUCUAUUUGAUGAAGUCGACGCGAUAUAUAAUUCCGUACCUUAGAAUUUAAUUGAGCGCUAUUUAAGUUUUAAGGGAUGACUAAUGAAAUCACCCGUUAGUUCUCGGGAGAGAAAUUGGGCGUUCUUUGCACGACGUUGUCUUUUGGCCGAGUCUUGCAAUGGUUAUUUGUGCUGGAUUAUCAGCAAAGGGUUAUCUUUCUGAAUGGGAUCUCUCGUGUUUCAGUCUCACAAGCUUGUGCCGCAGCUGGCGAAGGUCCAAGAAAGUUUGGAUAUAACACAGUCGAAUACCCUGAAAGUAAAUUCUAUGUCCAACUAGUGAUUGUUCUACUAACAUGAGCAUUGAACCUUUCAACAGGUUAGUGAAGCUUGCGGCUAGGGCAUUUUAUGAUGAUUACACGACAAAGGGGGAUAAUCAACAGAAGAUUGGGCGUAGUGACAAUAGAGGAGUGGCCGUGGUGAUCCUCGAUGCUCUCACCAGACGGCAAUGGGUCAGAGAAGAGGAUCUGGCGAAGGAUUUAAAAAUACAUACAAAGCAACUCCGACGCACUCUGCGGUUUUUCGAAGAAGAAAAGCUGGUCACUCGUGAUCAUAGAAAAGAGACGGCAAAAGGUGCAAAGUUAUAUACUGCUGCAGUAGCUGCUACUACUGAGGUUCAACAUGGUAAAGGAGAGGAUAAGGUUAAGCUACACACACACUCAUACUGCUGCCUGGAUUACGCACAGAUAUAUGAUGUUGUCAGGUACAGAUUGCACCGCUUGAGGAAGAAGUUAAAGGAGGAAUCGGAAGGAAAAAACACAAUUCAAGAGUAUGUGUGUCCCAACUGCGGGAGAAGAUACAAUGCUUUGGAUGCCCUGCGAUUGGUAUCCAUGGAGGAUGAAUCUUUCCAUUGUGAGAAUUGCAAUGGUGAACUUGUGGCAGAGAGUGAUAAGUUAACUAUUUCAGAAGGAGGAGAUGGAGAUGACAAUGAAAGGAGGCGAAGGCGUGAACAAAUAAAGGACAUGCUUCAGAAAAUCGAUACGCAUCUUAAGCCACUAAUCGAGCAGCUGAACAGAGUGAAAGAUAUCGCUGUUCCUGAGUUUGGAAAUCUCCUAGCAUGGGAAGCUAGAGCAAGUGCUGCCGGUCGUGCUAGAAAUGGUUCGGAUUCCAAUGAUCCUUUCCAGACAUCCCAAGGAUAUGAUGGAGUCCCGUUACCAUAUCUUGGGGAGACAAAGGUUGAGGUUGCUUUUUCUGGUAUUGAUGGCAAGGAAGAGGAUGCCAAAUCUGAAAGUGCAGGUGCAGCGCUAAAAGUAGUACCACCAUGGUUUAUAAAACAAGGAAUGAACCUAACAAAGGAUUAACGAGGAGAGGUGAAGCAGGAGUCGGAGAUGGUUGGCAGCUUGUCCUCAGGGUUCUCAGAUGACAAUAAAACUGUCUCUGAAGAUGAUGAGAAAAAGCUUUUACAGGACAAGUACGCGAAAGAUUAUUUUUCUGAGUCCAUGAAGCGACAUGAGCUAGAAGCUGCAAAUAAGCAACAGGAGGUGCUGGAGACAUCCGAUUGGAAUGGUCCUCCAGAAUCCUCACCGCAACGUCAAGUUGGGAUGAAGUUCAAACGUGGAGACGACGAGGGAGAUGAUGAUGUCGACUGGUAAGAGGCCCCGAUGGGAGGUGAGAGCUCUAAUUACAGUUACAGGGUGCAUGAUUUGAACGAGGAAGCAAAGGCUACGCCAGAGGAUGAGGAUGAUGAUGAUAUAGACUGGGAAGAAGGGUAGUUGGCCUUGAAUCCAACAGUUUCCUA